AAGGGAUGUAAUUGCCAAAGAGUAUGAACCAAGCCAUCCUACAACUUUCUGCUUUCCAGUGCUUUUUUUUGCAUUGGCUGACAUGUUUUUAUAAUAUGACAUUUGAUGCAUAUUAGUUGUAGGAGCUAGUAAGGUAAAAGUAUCAUUCCCUGCAUUAGGAGUAGUAAGAUUGUAUUUUGCUCAUUCAAUUAAAAAAAUAGAUAAAUUAGUUCCUGUAUAUUAUCAAAGAGCAAAUUGAUCCUUUCUGUUAAAAAAUUUAUCCAUUUGUACUGUUAAAAAUUGACGUAGCUGAUUGAAUAAUUAGUCGGUAACACGUGGCAUGCUAUGCAUACCUCAUUUUGACGUGCAUGGAUCAAUUUUUAGCGGUAGAAAUAGAUAAAAUUUUUAAUAGAAUGACCAAUUCGCUCUUUGAUCUAAUGUAUAGGGACUAAUAUCUCUAUUUUUUUAGUAGAAUGGGUAAAAUACAAUCUAACACCUAAUGUAGGGACUGUUGGAAUUCCUAAGAUUAAGGACAUAAAACUUACCUUAUUACUAGGAGUUCUCUUGUAAAUAGAAACUAAUCUCAGUCACUGAUUCUUAGGAAGUUACUGUUUUUUAGGGAUUAUUUUCCUUGUUUGUGUGAAUUCCUCUCUUUAUAGGUGUAAACUAAUUAGCAGAAUAAUAAAAUAAUCUUUUUCUAAGUUUCUUCAUGGUAUCAGAACUUUAGGAUUCAUUCGAUCCUACUCAUUCGUCUCUAAUCUCCCUUCCUAAAAAUCCCUCCGGUUUAGUCCUCCUCUCAUGGGUAACGCCAAUGAAACUCAUUUAAACCGAGACUUCACAAAUAACUCAGAAUGUCAAUCAGGGAAUCACUCAAUGUGAACUUAAUUCCUCCCUUAUAAUCACCAAUCAUCGGCUAAAUGGGAAGAACUUCUUACAAUAGUCUCAAUCGGUCCUUAUGGUGAUUCGUGGUCGUGGCAAAUUAGGAUACAUCAAUGGAGAAAUUCCACGACCAACCACAACUGACCCGACUUAUGCCACUUGGGAACUCAACAACUCGAUUGUAAUGGCUUGGCUAAUUAAUUCGAUGGAAGGCCAUAUAAGCCGCAUCUAUUUUUUUUCAAAACUGCAAAAGACAUGUGGGAUGCAGUCAAAGAAAACUACUCGGAUCUUGGAAACGCCUCCCAAGUAUUUGAGAUCAAGCUUAAGUUAAAGUAUAUCCGACAAGGGACACUCGAAGUAACUCACUACUACAACAAUCUGAAAAUUUUGUGGCAGGAACUGGAUAUGUACUAUGAGGCAGAUUAGAGUGAAGGAUUGGAACACACCAAGUUUAUGACUCACCUCAACAAUGAACGUCUUUAUGAGUUUCUAGCAGGACUGAAUCGUGAGUUAGAUGAGGUCCGUGGCUGAAUUCUGGGCAGAUCACCUCUACCAACCAUCGGUGAAGCAUUUGCAGAAGUUAGAAAAGAAGAAAAGCGCCGUCUUGUCAUGAUGGGAGACUCAAAGGAACCUAAACCUCUGACACCUCUUGGCAACCGGCCUACUGAGACCUCUGCCCUCAUCUUCAGAGGUCCACAGCCACAAAAACCACGUGCUGGAAAUGAUUCUGGAUCAACCAGACCAUGGUGUAAUCACUGCAACCGUGUUGGUUAUACAAAAGAAAAGUGCUUCAAACUCCAUGGCUAUCGUAAAAAAAAAAAAAGAAGGAAAUAAGACUGCCCUGUUAUCCUCCACUGCUGCAGAUGAUGGUCUCGAUGUUCGCUUAACCAAAACCCAAUUUGAGACUCUCCAUAAGAUACUUGGUACUUCCACUGCUCAUGGAUCUCUAGCCACCCAAGGUAUUGGCCUCAAUAUUGCCUUUGAAUCUAAUAAUCAAUCCUCUUGGAUACUCGAUUCGGGUGCCUCCGAUCACAUGACAGGAACAGAAAUUGGGGAGGAUGAUUGGCACUACUAAAGUUGAUGAUGGACUAUAUGUUUGGAAUAAAGACAGCACACAAGGAGGAUUGGCUCUAUCCACUUCAAAAGAGGACACAAUUAUGUUAUGGCACCGUAGGUUAGGGCAUCCAAAUUUUUUGUAUUUGAAGAAACAUCUUCCGCUGUUAUUUCGAAAUAAAAGUAUUAAUUCCUUGAA